CAAGGAGUUGCCUUUGACGGGGGACGUUCCACUGCAUCCUGAUGAUGCAGUAAAGAUCCUGGACAUCCUUGAAAUGGUGGAUACGCAAGGCCUGCUCGAUCGAGUAUUCCCUUUACCAGCUGACCCCACAGAAGCCUCGACCUCAUCGUCGCAUUUGUCAUAUUCUUUACGAGCCCUGUUGAAGGAGUCUCCAAAUCAUCCUCUCCGUGUUCUACGAACUGCAAUUCAGCACCUCUUUCCGAUAUCAUCCCAUGCCCGGUCUCGUCCUUCGACACCUGCCGCCCAACAGCUGCGAUUCUGCAAUCUAGCUCUCGCUCUCCUCAAUCAAGCCUCUUUCAACUCCGUCUCAAUACCUUUAGAUAUCGAGACCAUCCUCCCGCAGGACUCGGAAGAAGCCACUCGCCCGAAGUUCCCAUCUCGGAGGCGGAAAUAUGCAUUAUUGCAGCGCCUGCCGACCGGGGACUGGUGGACGUCUCUGGACUCCCAUUUCGCCGCACCGCCGGAUGGCAAAGAGCUAAAGGAUCUACCCACCGCUCAUGCUGAGCUCGUUGCUGUUCUCCCCACGCCAUCAAUAUCCGCACCUGCUGGCACAGAUCUAUCCUUACGGCAUCCUACUAUCGGUACCCUAUUUCCUCGGAAACCACCGGGACCUAAACAAGUGCUACCAGGCCCCAGAUACGUCAGCGCUGGCAGUUUCCUGGAUUAUGGCCCGUACGCCAGCUAUGCUCCGACCUUCGACCAAGAUGGGACCGAAGUGGGCAGAGACACGCUGGGUGAACUGUUGUGGAAUCGAGAAGUAAAGAGGAGGCUGAGAGCGAGGCAGAGGACUCUACAGCUGAAGAUGCAGGAAACUCAGGCUAAGAUGACCCAUGUGGGGCUCGAGCAUACCGACAGUGACGUACGUACGGCUGAUGUCGAGCAAGAGGAAGAGGACCUCCUGUCACCAAGUGAUGUCGAGGGGGUGAAGUCCCUGCUGGAUACGCUGGAGCUAGAGCAAGCCGUGCAAGAGCUUCUGGAUCGGAAUUCUCGCGCACUGCAGAAUCUGGAGAAGCUACAGAAAGAACGGCUAGGGCGAGAAGAUGGUGCUUUUGCUCAAGUUGAAGUCGGCUCAGAAGAGUGGGAGACGGCACAAGCAAUCAUGGACACUCUUACAGUCCUGGCGUCUCUCCGUCCUCGGUCGUCAAAUGCCUCCGACGUGCCCCUCGUGCCCUCCGACGCUGUCCUACGAAAGCUCCAUCGGACACUGCCCGUUGGUCCUUCCCAAGGCUGGUAUGGCACACUGCAGCCUACACGUCCCGCGGCAGUCCGGGACGAUAUGACCUUACAGAUCAAGUCUGGCGUCUCCGUACCUCCAGCUUCGGGAACUGCAGUGCCUACGACGCCCGCUGCAAGUAAGACCGUUGCUGCAGGGACGACUGCCACCCCGUCGUACCCAUACUAUCCCGGCUAUGGCGGCGGACAGUACAGAUACACUCCUGGCCAGACGCCGGCGUACUAUCCUCCGUCUUAUAGUGGUAAUCAGCCGCCAGCCAACGGAUCUGCAUAUUACGGCCAAUACCAAGGAGGACAACAAGCUGGGUACCCAUAUGCAGGAUGGUACAAUUACCAGCCUCCUGCACAGCAGUCGGGCACACCAUCGCAACCUACAGCGACAGCUGGCACUGGCUACGCUGGCUAUUACGGUGCGAAUCAGACGCCACAAGCCCAGCGGGCAGUAGCAAACACUGUAUCAGCGAAGCCCUACCAGGCCCAACCAUCAACUUGGACACCGACUGCUUCUGCGUACAGUGCGCCUACUUUGCCUUCGCAUUUACGGACUAGUGGAAGUCAGGGUACACCUACUGCACCUGCAACCCCGCAGCCAUCAGGAACGGCGCCGUCCUACCAGCAGUAUUAUUCGUAUCAGUCCACCGCACGUUGAUUUAGCUUCGUUUAUCUCGCAUGUUGCGCAUUCCUGUUUAUCAUUAUCUUAGCUUCGUGGUCGUUGAUUCGGCAAUCGCAUUCAACUUGGUUGCAGAGAAUAAAACCUGCAAUUCUCAA